AUGGCCACUGAAGUUAAGCUCACUGAAGAUCAAGUCAAUGAUGCUCGAGAGCAGUUUACUGCGUUCGACCAAGAUGGAAAUGGCCAUAUCACGGUCAAAGAAUUGAGUAAUGUUAUGAAAGCUUGUGGUAAGCCUACGCCUGGUUACAAAUUGCGUGAAAUGAUCGAAUCGAUUGACAAAGAUGAGAAUGGCACAAUCGAAUUUGAUGAAUUUGUACAGUUAUUUACCAAAGUAUUGGAAGGCGAAGCUGCUAAAGAUUUCCGAAAGGCGGUUGAAACGCGUAAGAAUGUUAAGAAAUUAACUGGUAGCAGUGCAACUACUGCCGAUGGUACAACUCAUUCUUUCUCCGAUGAAGAAUAUAUUGCCUUUGUUGAUUGGAUUAACACAUCAUUGAAUAAGGAUGAUUACUUGGUUAGAAAUAAUUAUUUACCAGUAAAUCACGAGCCCGAAAAUCAUGAAUUAUUUGAGCGUUGCGAGGACGGUAUUCUCUUGUGCAAAAUGAUCAACCGAUCUGUUAAAGAUACCGUUGAUGAACGUGCCAUCAAUUUCAAGAAGUUAAAUCUUUAUCGUAAGCACGCCAACCAAACGUUGGUUGUCAAUAGUGCACGAGCCAUCGGCUGUAACAUCAUCAAUAUUGGAGCAGAAGAUCUCAUUGCAGGUCGUGAGCAUUUAGUCAUGGGCCUCUUGUGGCAAAUCAUUAGGAUUGGUUUGUUUGCUAAAAUUACUUUAAAAGAUUGUCCUGGACUACCUCGCCUUUUACUUGAAAAUGAAACUGUACAAGACUUGUUGAAGCUAUCACCUGAGGAAUUACUCUUGCGUUGGUUCAACCAUCACCUUGAAGCAGCUGGUGUAUCAAGACGUGUUAAAAAUUUUAGCGGUGACAUUAAAGACUCUGAGUGUUACAUCAUCUUGCUGAAGCAAAUUGCUCCUUCUAAGCUUAUGCUUACAACCGAUGCAUUAAAGGAGUCAAAUUUACGUGAGCGUGCAGAGCUUAUGUUGAAUGAUGCUGAGAAAAUUGGUUGUCGUCAAUUUGUUAGCGCGAAAGACGUUACUACUGGACAUGCUAGAUUGAAUAUGGCGUUUGUAGCCAACUUAUUCAAUACAUUUCCUGCUCUCGAGCCAGUUGAUGUUGAUGAAGAUUUGGAUGUUUACGUUGAAACCAGAGAGGAGAAAACUUUUAGGAAUUGGAUGAAUAGUUUAGGUGUCGAUCCCACAGUUAACAAUUUAUUCAGUGAUUUGGACGAUGCAAUGCAAUUGUUUCAGCUUUUUGAUAAGAUCAAGCCUGGCGUAGUAUCUUGGUCUAGAGUAAACAAACCACCUUUUAAGGCUUUAGGUGGUAAAAUGAAGCGAAUUGAGAACUGUAACUAUGCUGUGGAACUUGGAUUGCAACUUAAAUUUAGUUUAGUAGGCAUUGGUGGCGAAGAUAUCCAUAAUGGAACAAGAACUUUGACUUUAGCCCUGAUUUGGCAAAUGAUGCGUGCCUAUACUCUAACAAUCCUUACUAGCUUAGCCAACAGUGAAAAACCUAUCAGUGACAAGGAGAUAGUGGAAUGGGUUAACAACGUUUUAGAAGGCACUGAAAAAUCGACGAAAAUUUCUAGUUUUAAAGACCCAGAAAUUUCAAGUAGUAAAGCUGUUAUAGACUUAGUCGAAUCCAUUGAGCCGGAAUCAAUCAACUACGAAAAUGUUUGUCUGGGCAUAACAGAGGAAGCGAAACUAUUAAAUGCUAAGUAUGCUAUCUCUAUGGCGAGGAAAAUUGGCGCAUCUGUCUACGCUUUGCCUGAAGAUUUGGUGGAGGUCAAACCCAAGAUGGUUAUGACGGUCUUCGCCUGCCUUAUGGCUGCUGCCUUAGAUGAAAAUAGGAAAGUUGCUACCGGUGAUGAUGAAACGAGUGAUCCAGCAGCGACUAUUCGUGAAGUACAAGCCAACAUGGAGUAG